AAGAUCGAAACCUGCGUGCAUCAACAUCAUCUUUUUCUUCACUCUGCCUUGAAGGAAAAGAAAAGCCCCUUCAACCUGUCCCCCAAACCCUCCAUCAAAGAAGAAUCACACACACACACAUAGAGAGAGAGAGAUUGUGAUUGUGUGUUAAGUGGAAAGAGGGAAGUAAAGAUGUUCAGGAACCAGUACGACACAGACGUGACGACAUGGAGUCCGGCAGGGAGGCUCUUCCAGGUGGAGUACGCAAUGGAGGCGGUGAAGCAAGGGUCGGCAGCGAUUGGGCUCCGAUCCAAGACCCACGUGGUGUUGGCGUGCGUCAACAAGACUAAUUCGGAGCUCUCGUCUCACCAGAAGAAGAUCUUCAAGGCCGACGACCACAUCGGCGUCGCAAUUUCAGGCCUCACAGCCGACGGCCGUGUCCUCUCCCGCUACAUGCGAUCCGAAUGUAUCAAUUACAGCUACACUUACGAGUCUCCCCUCCCCGUCGGCCGCCUUGUUGUUCAGCUCGCUGACAAGGCCCAGGUUUGCACACAGCGCUCUUGGAAACGGCCUUAUGGUGUUGGCCUGCUGGUAGCUGGCUUGGAUGAAACUGGAGCUCACCUCUAUUAUAACUGCCCAAGUGGAAACUACUUUGAAUAUGAAGCCUUUGCUAUUGGGUCCCGCUCACAAGCUGCAAAGACGUACUUGGAACGAAAGUUUGAGAAAUUUAUGAGCUCUUCACGAGAUGAUCUGAUUAAAGAUGCACUUUUUGCAUUAAGAGAAACUUUACAAGGAGAGAAGUACACAAGCGCCACAUGCACAGUUGCUGUGGUAGGAGUUGGAGAGGCAUUCCAUAUAUUGGAUAAUCAAACUGUACAAACCUUGAUUGAUGCAUUUGAGAUGGCGGCAGAACAAGGUCCUGCUAGUGAAGAGGGUGCUGCUGCUGACCAGGAUGCUCCUGCUGACCAGGGCGCUCCCUCCGACCAGGGUGCUCCCUCCGACCCAGUUGCAUCUCCAAUGGAUAUUUGAGGAUGCAAGAGCUAUGAACUCCAUCCAUGUGCUAGAACAAGGUAUAAGAGAAUGCUUAAAGAAAUGAGGUUAUGGAAUAUGGAUGGUACCCUAGACUGUACCAUUCCCUGUUGGAUAUUCUCUGAGUUAUGCAAUUUAUCCUUUUGUUUUAUCAGAGAAAACAUCCUAAAGCAUGGUUUUGUUGAACUUCAAUUGUCAUUUAAACUUGUUACUAUAAUUAAACUGUUUGCUUGGGUCAA